GUUUACUUGACAAUUUUCAAAAACAGAUUUUGAAAUUCAACCGGGUGACUUAAAAGUGGUUUUCUACCCACCAAACACUAAAAACGACUGAUAUUAGGGUGGCAUCAGGGUGCCCCCCUUCACUCUGACUUGGCUCCCUUCCUGUAUGGAUCCUGUUAAUGCAUAUCCAGUAUGUUUGGCUUUUGGAGUUGUCUUGUGAUGUUAAUGCUCUCUGUGAUUAGGAAAAGCUUCAAUUUUACUUCAGUGAACUGCUGAUUUAUGCAUCUCGGGGUCAUCCUAGACCAACAUCAGCAUGACAUGUGUGAGUGCAUGUGAAUUAUAUGUGUGGGACAUGUGGUGUGCUGACACCAAGCACACUCCCCUGCGCUCAAGUCACUUGCUGUAGUUCACCUCAGGGUGCUCUCAUGUUUCACUCGCUCGGUGUGUCUUUGCCUUUCUUCUGUCAGAACUCAGCUGGCUCCGUUGAGAAGACAAGCAGCAAGACCAUGUCGGAUGGGAAGAUUUUAAAAGCGGAGAUAAUCUGUAUCAAGGAUCCACAGGAAGGAGGAGCAGGAAAGGAAACUAAGAAAAAUGAGCUCCAGUCUCCACUGGACCCAGUGAGCCACUCCCGAAGCUUCAUGUCACUCGGUGGCCAGUCUGAAAAUACACCCAAACACAGCGCCACUGCCUCCAUGGAGAUAAAUUCUAAUAAACACAGAGGCCUUUCCCAGCAGUGGGGUCACGAUUCCUCUGGACGCGUUGAGGUUAGCUCGGGUUUCUCGACUGAUAAACUGUCCGGAUUGGAUGGCACGACGAGCCCUGCAUACUCUGCACACGUGUUCCCCACGCCGGCUUCUUCCAGAGAGUCCAUCCUCUCCGAGAUCCUGGAUAGAGACAAGAGCUGGCCCGCCAUGUCACUUUACUCUGUCACCUCGCCUUCUCUUAGCCGCACUGUCUCCCCGUGCUCCUCCGUCCGCUCUGGUGUCUUUUCUCCUUCUGUGGUCCGGAUCCGAAAGCACGCUCUUGCGCCGGGCUCCAGUCUGGUUCACAUCCCUCAAUCCUGUUUCUCAUCCUGCGACAGCCUGGCUUCUUCCCCCCCACCACUCCGGCAUCGGCCUCCCCUCACCAGACUCUCCCUCCUGACAGCCAUCCUUCGGAAAGGCCGUCUGCCCGUUCUGUCCGCAUCUCUCCAGAGGCCGUACACUCCCUGCUGGCCCGUUAACCCUGUGACUCUCACUUUCUGCAACGCAUGCUCAGCAGCUUCCAACGUGGCCUCCAUUCCCUUGGAAUUUUCCUCUCAGUUCUCUUCCUCUGCUUCCUUAGACAGUCAAACCUUCACCCAAAGGGAAACUCAUAAGUCCGUUACAGCCUCCCCGCCUGAGCUCCCUAGUGAGCACAGCAGGCCUCACAGUUCAGUUAUAAGGUGGUCUGGGGGGAUUCGCUCGGGAAGCGUGCCAAAGUGGGAGGAGGUGAUUUCACCGCCAACGUUGAAGAGCACUGUGUUACCAAGAGAUGCACCACCACACUUACGCUCAAAACUGAAAAGUGUUUCACCGAACCACAAAGAAGUAACUCUACAACACUCUUAUGUGUUCAAGCCUCCUGACCUGAAGCCCAGUUUUGAUCAUAUGUACCUCAGCAGCAAAGGAGAGCAUCACCUUGCAAAGCAAAUGACUGAUCCUACGCUUUUUCAUCAACCAGCCUCUUCUGGAAUGGAAAAAAGUCAGCAGCAGAAUUUUUCUCUGUCAAAGCUUCGGUCUCUUUCUGAACGACUGCGAUCGCCUUCUCCCUGCACCUCCUUGUCUUCUCCAUCACAUUCCCGCUCAGCCAGCGCCACAACAUCACCUCUACCUUCUCUCAGUGUGGGAAGGUGUAAAUCACCGCAAAGUUUCCCUAAAGCACCCGAAUUGACGCCUUCCUGCUACACGCCUGUGGCUUUUUCCGGGUGGUCCUCGCCCAUCGGCUCUCCCACACCAACACCCUCUCCCGCCACACUAUUUCGAGACCACACGGAAUCUCCUCCCAUCUCGCUGCGCUCCACGCCCUCCCCGAGGCCGGGGAGUCGAAUAUCAGACUGCAGUGACAAGGAGGGUAAAAAAAGAAAGCCUCACAAGAUUAAGUCGAGCUACAAAUCACUGGCUGCAAUCCCUACAAACACCGUUCUCUUGGAUCAGCAGGUAAUAGAUGAGCAAGUGGAGAGUGAGAGCAUCCCGAAAAGAGGCAUUGCUAAUGAAAGGGCUGAUGAAGACACCCAUGCUGAAAUGUGCUCACCAGCUCAGCUCCGGCAGCAGUCCGAGGAGUUGUAUGCAGCCAUUGACGAGAUAUUGGCAAGUUCCACUCCAACAAGCAAAACGUCGUCCAAGAUAUCAAUGACUCACAACAAGUUGCAGAACAACUCUUCCAAAUCCUUGGGACGUGAAACCAAAUAUGCGUCUUUAAGCAGCUUGCAGCCAUCCACAAAUGCCCAGAGAAGGCGAAUGGAGUCCAAAAAGACAAACCUUGGGGUUAUUCGUCCAAUGAUGACCAUUCCAAGAUUGUUAGAGAAAGAUGGAGAAGAAUGUCGACCCGUUGGAGAGACAGAGGACCAUUACUGCUUAAAAGGCAAAAAUUCAUGCAAGGUGGAAAGCGUGGGAUUUGAAGACGCCGGGGUAAAGGGUCAUGCAAGUAGAAAAAAAAGGCAAGCGCCGCAAGGAGAGAGGACACGCGAAAUAAGAAGUCUGGGUGCCGUGUGUGAAUUGCGGAUCAUUGAGCCUGAAGGCCAGAUCAGUCACCUUGAGGAAGAUCCCUCCAGUGCUCGCUGCUUGGGAGCUCGUGAAACUCACAUUUAAGUCAAACAUUCAUGACAUGAAUUUGGAGAAGACAAUAUAUACUUGUAUACAUAACAUGAGCUGUGUCCUAGUGAAAACAAACACUCAUGAAUAAAUGCUUAAAAGUUGCGUUGAUAAAUGAGUUUCACCUCAUUCCUUAACAUUUUGCCAGUGGCUUGGCAUGGACUGCCAGUGCCAAGGGCAAGACGAGCAAUCGCUGCUACAACACUGAAUUUGCAAUUCGCACAUGCCAAUGGUAACGUCUCUCGGUUGACAAGAGCUCAACGUCGCCUCGCAUUAAAUAAUUUACGUGUUGACAUCUUUUAC